AUGGCGUUCAUCAGCACACCUUUUGCAAAGGUUUCUGCAAAGCGUGCAAGCGUUUCGGCUAACCGACGCGCACUGUGCAUGCGGUCCGACGCGGACCCAGUGGUCUCGCGCCGAGCGCUGCUUUCGGGAGCGCUGGCUGUCGCCGUUGCGGCUGCGAUGGCGAGGGCGCGCCCAGCGAACGCCCGCAUCGACUAUGAGGGCGUCGGUUAUCUCGGCGGCAGCGAUAAAGUUGAUGUGAACAAUGCGAACGUGCGGGCAUACCGCAGGUUCCCCGGUCUCUAUCCGACGGCGGCCAAGAAGAUCGUCCAGGGCGGUCCGUACAACUCCCCCGAGGAUAUCCUGAAGAACCCAGAGCUCACGGAACGGGACAAGGAAGUGAUCAAGCAGUACAUGGACAGGUUUGUGGCACUGCCGCCAGCACCAGAAUAUUUCACAGACCGAGUGAAUAACGGUAUUUACAAGUAA